CUUGCGCGCAAUGCUUGGUUAAAGGCGCGCAACAUCCACGGCGAUGAUCGAAUCGAGAUCCAAACAAGUUCCAAGAGCGUCGGGACGCCCAUCGUGCGUCAAGGUGUAGGUGCAACACAAUCAAAGCAUUUAGAGCGACCUUCUGGCUGAGAAGUAGCUUCUGCAGAGGGUUCGAAGUUGGUGAGGGUAGCGGCUGCCUGAAUGGCAGCGGAGAGUCAGUUUCUCUAGAGACUGCACACGGUGCGUUCGGUUCUAGUGUCAGUGAAUUUCACUCUCUAUUUGUCACGAUUCAGUGUCGCGUUUCUGACGUUCAUGUGCGUGGAAAAUAUCGAUCAGGCUUCGGUGGUUUGAACAGUUUAAUUAGACAGACAUGUACAGCUGUUGUCGAUGACGUUUGUUGCUUCGCAGGAUUUACGAUAUUGGAAGUGCAUUAUAAAUAAAAGGUGUGAAGUACUUGUGUUUGUCAAGUCUGAAGAGAUAGAGCAGCUCGUGCAAUGAUGUCAUACGAAUACCCUCAUCCGGUUUCCAAGACCUAUCGAUAUAAAAAAAUAACGAAACCUCUGUUGGAAAGAAAACGACGGGCGCGAAUAAACAAAUGCCUGGAUGAGUUGAAAAACCUUAUGAUAGAUACUUUAGAGACGGAGGGGGAGGACAUCAGCAAGCUGGAGAAAGCGGACAUUCUGGAGCUGACGGUGCGCCAUUUACAAAGGCUACAGGGCUCGCGAUCUUCUGGAUUGUCGGGCACGAUUACGAAGAACGAAGAGGCAUCGGCCGAAAGUCGAUGGCUGUCCGGUUUCGGGCAUUGCGCAGCUGAGGCGUACAGAUUUCUCUCUGCGGUUCCAGGUGAAGGCGCGGAAAGGUUAGCGAGACACCUCGCAGCUGGCCUUCAAAAGAGCCGGCAAACGAAUUCGACGCUGAAAACGAGCAUGUUAACCCAAACUUUGGCAAGUCUGGAUCUCACUGCUGAUAUACUGGCACCUUUGAUUACAAGUUCCGCUAGGGAGAACGUCCAAGUAACAUCUUCCAAUCAAAACGCGAUGGCAUGUCGUGGAGUAAUACGCGAAAGAAUCGCCCUGAAUAUCUCACCUGAAUGCGACAUCACGGUGACCAUGGAAAAUAAGGAAAAAUUGAAUACGAGAUGUCAUUCUCAGGCGAAAGACUUCACAGAAGAACGAGUAGCGAAGAGAGUUAAAACGGAAGUCAAAGUCGAAGAUGACGAAGAAAUUGACGUGGAACGCGUUGAUGAAGCUGAUCCUAUGUGGCGACCUUGGUAGUUUUAAUAAAACUAUACAUUAACAGUUCUCUUAAUUUAUAUUGAACUUAUGUAAAUAUAAAGUUCCAGGAUCUGCGUCAUUACUAUAGCUUUAAAAGAUGUUUGUUAAGUUUAUAUGUACACUAGUAUUAGUACAGUUUUACUUAACUAGUAAUUUGCUGUUUAGCUUGUUGGAGAAGCGGGAAAUGAGUUGGCUUUGUUUCAGUAUGUGAUUUGCGUUAAUAAUUAAAAAGUUGGUCGAAAAUCGUAAACAAUUUUACGUUAUUUUAUUCUGACUGAUAAAUUUUAUACGAAUUUCGUCACUCUCGAUGUUUUGAGAUUAUGAGUGAUACACUUAUACAUAUACAAAACUAUAGUGAAUGUUAAUAGCGUAUAUACCAAGCAGAGUCAA